CCGUAGUCGUCGCUUUUUCACGUAGUCGCGUCGCGAGCGGCGGUUCAGAGAUGUCUGAGAGAAAGCAGUCGGAAGACGAGAAGGCCUCGCCCUCGAGACCCCGGACGGCCCCAGUGACCAUCAGCGACGUGCAGGAGCUGGUGCGGCGGAAGGAUGAGAUCGAGGCGCAGAUCAAGGCCUACUAUGACGUGCUGGAGGAUCAAAAAGGAGUUGGGAUGAACGAGCCUUUGGUGGACAUCGAGGGAUAUCCUCGAGCAGAUGUCGACGUGUAUCAAGUCCGUACGGCAAGACACAACAUUAUCUGUCUGCAGAAUGACCACAAAGCCCUGAUGAAGCAGGUAGAAGAAGCCUUGCACCAGCUCCAUGCCAGGGGGAAGGAGAAGCAAGCAAGGGAUGCGGCCGAGGCCCAUAAUGAGGCCUUGAGCCAGGGCCAGGGCCCAAGUCAGGGCUCAAGCCCUAGUCCCCCUCAGCCCUUUGCUAAAGUAAACAGCAUCAGCCCAGGCUCUCCUGCCAGCAACUCGGGUCUCCAGGUUGAUGAUGAGAUCGUGGAGUUUGGCUCAGUAAAUGCCCACAACUUCCAGAAUCUGCAGAACAUUGGAAUGGUGGUCCAACACAGUGAAGGGCAUCCACUGAAUGUGACCGUGCUGCGCAGAGGUGAGAGGCUCCAGAUCAGACUUGUCCCUGUGCGCUGGGCUGGGAAAGGCCUGCUUGGCUGUAAUAUUAUUCCUUUACAAAGAUGAUUGCCCUUCAGGACCAGUAAAGAAACCUCUCCCUUCUCAUCUCCUGGACCUGGAGGCGGCUUGGAUUUCCCAGUUUCUAUUCCUGCCGGGAACUUAAGAAUUUGCAAUGGGUUUGGAUGAGUGAACUCUCUUUUGGACAUUGGAGAUAUACUUCCAGCAAGGGUUUUGACCAACAUAGUCAGCCUGGAUUAAGGCUGAAGUUAAUUUGCUUAGACUCUCUUACAAAUUAUGCCUUGGUCUUUAAUGGAAAUUAUUUUUGCUUGUGGGUGAGAAUUUAAUUUGACAAUAUUUUUACUCUUUUAGAGGUUGCUUUAUUUUUUUUUCUAAUUUGGAUAAAGAGAUAUGAUUUGCAGUGUGCUGCUAUAUUGUCCUAAUAUAUAUAUAUAUGUAUGAUCCAUAUGUAUAUAUCACAUUUAUACAAUCCGCUUAAACCAAAGUGGACAAAGUUAUAGUCCUCCCAUAGAAUCCCAUGUACAAGAAGCUGCCAGUGGUGAUGAGCUGCCCAGGCAUUUCUGAACUCCUAACUUGACCACUCACUCUUACUUCCACGGCAUAUUGUCUUUCAUAAGGCUGGGACUAUUGAAGCUGAGGAUAGGGAAGGAAAUUUAUCCAGAGCAUAGAUGGUGAGGUUGUGAUAGAGUAAAUUCUGGACUGUGUAAGCAGGGACCUACUGCAACUUUUGGGAAAGGAACUCAAUCUCAUUGGGAGGUGCGAAUUUUCUGCCUCCACGAGGGGGCAGCAAGAGCUCUAAUGUCUGGAGUCUGGGUCCCAGGAACCCACUUUUUUUUUCUUCCACAAUUCUGUCUCUCUUCUCUCACAACCAAUCUCACACCCUUCUCAAGUUCUAAGAUGGAAAUCGAGAAAUUGAACCCAAACAUUAACCCAUGGGAACGCCAGAGUUUUUUAGAUUUGGACACUUCCAUUUGAAUUCUUCAAACAUGUACCCUAAUAAAUAUCAGUGAUUUUGUUAUUGCCUGCCAUCCUCACAGCUGAUCUGCCUCUUUCAGUGUAGGAUUCAGAGAUCUGUUUCCUUCUGGAAGAAGACAGUUCCAUUAAGAUGUAUAGAACCCUUGUUCACCCAAGGAGUAUUUAUUAGGUAGCUGAGAUGGUGGGAUACAGGUCUGGGAGUGGGAGCUACCUGGGGCAUCAUUGUAGUCCUCAUGCUCCAACAGGAACCUUGCUGUUGAGCAUCCCUGCCCAUAUGGAGAAACGGGCCCCAAACUUGUGUUCCUUCGGUGACCAAUCUUCUAUUGUAACUGCCAGGGCCUGCAAGCCUCACCACUCUGAGUGGUUUUGGAUCUCUUUCGUCUGCAUCCCAGUUUAAUAAACACAACCUGUGCCAUCCUG